AAAACAUUUAAGAACCCAUGGUCUUUUUUUAUGCAUUGUAUGUGAUAAGUUAUACGAUGCACUAAGUGAAAUGGAAAAUCAUGAAUGCUACAAAAAGAAAAAUCGAAGCCGUCCGUUACAUUGCCAAGUUUGUCUUAAAUUAUUGUCCAAUUCUUGGUCCCUUAACCGUCACAUGAAAAUACAUCGAAAUACAGAUACUGAACCAACAAAUUUAUACAAAUCACCUGGUGACAAAACGUUUCAUCAAUGUAUUUCUUUAAAGGAAACAAGAGAGUCUUCCUGUGAAGAAAAUAACGAAAAUUUGAAAUGUAGCGUCUGUAAUCGACAAUACAAAAACAUUAAUGGUCUUGAAAAACACUUACGUACUACUCACACUGUUCAUACUAAGGAGAUGUCAUUUAUUCAAAAAGCAAGAAACAAACCAAUAUUGUCAAAAAAUUCAACACCAAUCAAACCGUCCGUGGCAAAAGCUCUUGUUUCAAAGUUGACUAAAAGAAAGGAAGCUAACUCAGACACUCAACAUAAAAGCGAAAUAUAUGAAAAAACAACUUUUGAUAAUUACAGCAAACCAUCAAUUGAUAUUGUACAGAAUAUUAAGCUCAAAGGUCAUGCACCAGUAGACAAAAAAACAGUUAUUGAGAAGUAUGAAUCAGAGACAAACAAUUCUCCAAUCUUAGACGGUGAAAACAGCGAGGAACAUCAUACAGAAUGUCGAAAAAUAGUAUUUUAUAGAUGUCCUUAUUGUGAAAAACCUCCUCUUAAAGCACGCAGUUCUCUUAAAAAACAUUUUUCUCGAGCACAUGGUAAUUAUAUAAAUGAAUGGAAAGCUAGUAAUUUCUUGUCAAAGCAAAUUUUACGAGAUGACAAAGUAAUAAGAAGACUUCGAAAUAAAUAUAAUGAAAAGAAACGUUUACAAGUAACUAGUGGAAAAUUAAAUCUUAAAAUUAAAAAAAAAAAGUGCAUACUACCUAUUCGCAAAACAACUAACGAGCCUUACAGUGAUCUAAAUAUAGACAAAACUGAAGCAAAUAUAAGGAAUACCUUUUCAACUAGUACUAAAGUCCCAAAAACAAAAAAAAAUAACGACAAAACUUUUGAUAUUAUGUGUAUUAAUUCUUCAAACAUAGGAAUAAACUCAAGUAUUAUUUCUAAUGAAAAUGUUUUAUCCAAAAUUAACGAGCAUGAAAACAUUGACAAUCUGUUUUUUGAAAACUUAAAUAUUUUUCUGGAUCCAUUAAACGAAAAUACAUACACGGAAGACGUUACAAUACAGUCAAUAAAUUACAUACAAGAGAAUUUUCAAAACUCGUUCGAUAAAAUACAGGAAAAAUUAGAUGCUGAAUUGCAACUUAGUCAAGAACGAGAUUUGAUUUGGAAAAACUCAUGUAAUUUUGGAGGACUUUCCGAAGAAGUUAUUUCUAAGAAUGCAUAUGAUCUUGAUGAAAGUGUUAUGUUAAAUUUAAAUUAACACAAAUAUUUAUUUAACAUAUUGCAAUGCAUUUUCAAAUAUUUUUUUAGAGUACAUAGUAUAUUUUGAGAUUGUUUUAUCUUUAUUAUAUUCUCUCUUUUUAUUUUCAAUCAAUAACAUCAAUACUUUAAAGAAUUGUUAGUAUGGGAAAAUUAGUUUGAAAUAAAAUUCAAAA